UCGGGCCCUUCUACUCUAGAGUCAUUUGACGCGUCAAAUGAAAACAUUUAUUAGAGACUGCCCAAGCAGUAAAUAUCACUACAUGUCAAAAACAGAGCAUUAACUCAACACCUCGAGUACAACAUUAGUUAAGCUUUUGGGGCAUUAUCUAGAGAAAAAAAGCCGCAUUUUUAACCGCAUUAACUCAUUUUCAUCAUGCGGUUGUUUGGACACAGCUAGCGCGCGCUACAAUAACAUUACGGAUCUGUAAAUAAACUGAAACCUAAAUAAACUGAGCAACACGACUGGUAGCGUAAUAUCGUUGUUAUAUUAAGAGGAUUUAAGACUGUAACGUUAGAUGUUUCAUCGGAAGAAGGAGAGCAUCAUCAUCAGUACAGAGAAGAGGGGGAUCUAGAGUCGAGCUACCGAUCACCGGUAGAGUGGAUCGGGACGCAGUAGCACGGGGUACGGGGAGCGGAGCGGUUUCCGUGUCCAUACCGAGAGUGCUGGACGAUAACAUGGCCGCCGUGAAGGCGACAAGCAAACCGUCUAUCUGGCAGAAUGAACGGCUCCGGUUCAUCGUCUGCUUCUGCGGGGUGUUCGUGUGCUACUUUUACUAUGGAAUACUUCAGGAGACAAUCACGCGAGGAGACUACACUCACUCAGGGAAGACGGAGAAGUUUCGUUACGCCACCACCCUAGUCUUCAUCCAGUGCAUCAUCAACGCUGCUUUCGCCAGACUCUUAAUUCAGGCUUUUGAGAGCUCAAAGCAGGACCACACAAGAAGCUGGCUCUAUGGCUUGUGUUCUCUAUCGUACCUGGGCGCCAUGGUGUCCAGUAACUCUGCCCUGCAGUAUGUCAACUACCCCACACAGGUGUUGGGAAAAUCCUGUAAACCAAUUCCAGUGAUGAUUCUGGGUGUCACAAUCCUGAGGAAGAAAUAUCCCACGGCGAAGUAUCUGUGUGUGUUUCUAAUCGUCGCCGGGGUCGCCCUCUUCCUCUACAAACCCAACAAAGGCUCCAGCGCAUCAGAUGAUCACACAUUUGGCUUUGGAGAAAUGCUGCUGCUGCUCUCUCUGACUCUGGAUGGGCUGACAGGUGUAUCUCAGGACCACAUGAGGGCGCGCUUCCAGACGGGAGCCAAUCACAUGAUGCUGAAUGUUAAUAUGUGGUCCACACUGAUCCUCGGAGUAGGUGAGUUGUUAAAUAAAGGGUCCUGAUUUAUUAUAGGAACAUUGAUACAUGGUUAGUGAAGGUACUAGUUAUUAAAGAUAAAAAAAAACCAAUAGAAUAAAUAUUUGUUGAUUGGAUUUAUAAUAUUUAUAAGAAGAUUUAUGUUAAGCCCCUGGGGUAAAAGAGAUUCUAAAUACUUUUGAUUUUGAUCUUGCAUAUAAGUGUUACAUCAUUUGAUCCUCUUAAGUGUCUAUGUUUUGUGUAUACACAAUAAAAACAAAGUGUUGUGCUUUUCGCUAAAUAAAGACAAAUAAACAUGAUGUGCGUUCUGCCAUCUCUCUCAAUAUGAAGUCCAUUCUGAAACGCGUCUGAAAGUGAACUGUGACUCAGCGAAUAUUUGUCACACAUGCAUGAGAAAUAUGUCUUUAUAUAGCUUGAAUUCUCUUUUUUUAAAUGAAAUAAUUUAUAUAUAAAAAAAACAAAUAUUCUCAGUUUAUGUAAUCUGUAUGAAAAAAGAGAUGUCAGUCGUUCUCAUUUAAGCUCAUUAAGUGCUAAUGAGACCACGCCCACGGAGAGCGUGCGCUAUUAUUAUCUGAGGCAAGAUUCAAACCGGUCAACGCCCACAUCAGCUGGAUAAAACACAUCAGGUUUAAUCAGACUCAUGUACUUUACGAAUCUGA